CCAUUCUCUAGAUCAUGCACAGAAACUUUCGGAAGUGGAUUUUCUACGUGUUUCUAUGCUUUGGAGUCAUCUAUGUCAAAUUAGGAGCUUUGUCUUCUGUGGUGGCUUUAGGAGCUAAUAUCAUCUGCAAUAAAAUCCCAGGCCUGGCCCCUCGGCAGCGAGCAAUCUGCCAGAGCCGCCCUGAUGCCAUCAUUGUGAUUGGGGAAGGGGCACAAAUGGGAAUCAAUGAGUGCCAGUACCAGUUUCGGUACGGAAGGUGGAACUGCUCUGCGUUGGGAGAGAAAACAGUCUUUGGACAAGAGCUUCGAGUAGGAAGCAGGGAAGCUGCGUUCACCUAUGCCAUUACUGCUGCCGGGGUUGCACACGCUGUCACGGCCGCCUGCAGCCAGGGCAACCUCAGCAAUUGUGGCUGUGACCGAGAGAAACAGGGCUACUACAACCAGGAGGAGGGCUGGAAGUGGGGAGGCUGCUCUGCGGAUAUCAGAUACGGCAUUGAGUUCUCCCGGAGAUUUGUUGAUGCCCGAGAAAUCAAAAAGAAUGCACGGAGGCUGAUGAACUUGCACAACAAUGAGGCUGGAAGAAAGGUUCUUGAAGAGAGGAUGAAAUUGGAGUGCAAGUGUCAUGGAGUUUCAGGGUCCUGUACAACUAAGACCUGCUGGACAACGCUUCCUAAAUUCAGAGAAAUUGGAUAUAUUUUGAAAGAGAAAUACAAUGCUGCAGUGCAAGUGGAGGUGGUACGAGCCAGUAGACUAAGACAGCCAACCUUCCUGAAGAUCAAGCAGAUUAAGAGUUACCAGAAACCCAUGGAAACGGAUUUAGUGUAUAUCGAAAAGUCACCCAACUACUGUGAGGAAGAUGCUUCCACGGGGAGUGUCGGUACCCAGGGACGACUCUGCAACCGUACCUCUCCCAACGCUGAUGGGUGUGACAUGAUGUGCUGUGGAAGAGGGUACAACACACACCAGUACACCAAGGUGUGGCAGUGUAAUUGCAAAUUCCACUGGUGCUGCUUUGUGAAGUGCAACACAUGUAGUGAGCGGACAGAGGUGUUCACCUGCAAAUAACGGCAUCGUGCAAAUGAACAGAACAAAUCACCAUGAGUGAAGAAAGUGGAGUACAACAAACAACGACAGCAUCAUUUUGCACAUCUAAUCUUCUUUGGGAAAAAAAAAAAACAAACAACCAACCAACACCACAACAACCACUCCCUCCCCACUACUUACACUUCUAAGGAUGGUGCAUUUUGGCUGGCUGGCUGUUGUAACUGCUUUGGAAACAAGGGCAAUAGGAUUAAGGUGAUGUUGACAACCACAUGAAACUUCCUCUGUCUCUCUCUUCCCGACCCCCCCCCCCCCCCUUUUUUUUUUUUUUACAACAAUCUGGGUGUCGUAGAGUUCUCUUAGUGUUGUAAGUUAUACAUAUCAGAGAAGCUGAUUGCAUUGCAGGUCCCAUGAAACUUAAAAGAAAAAGACACUUUCUCCUAUUUUGCAACAACAAAACCACCGAGCCCUGUGCAAAUAAAGACUUUUUUUUAAGGAAACGAAAUCUUCACUGACUAGAACACAGCAGUCUUCCUGCAAAAACCUAAAUUUCUAAGAAAGCAGGUAGAGAGAAAACAACUGGUAGGGAGACAAAACCUCUGGUGGAAAUACUCCACUAUCAGUUUGGAAAAAAAUAAUGUUCACAAAAUUACAUCAGCUGCCAGUGACACUGGAACUCUUUGAAUGAACAUUAAAAAAAAAUUAUUUAUGUUUUUAAUAGUAUAAAAAAAUCUAAGCACUAACGGGUAGCUAUGUCUUAAUUCUGUACUAAAUGUAAACUUAUUGGAAUUCUGACUUUAUGACUUUUGUAUUUGGUUCUCCCUAAGUUCUUCAAUGCUACUGAUCUGUUGUCACUCCACUAUUAGAGUUCAAUUACUGUAGGCCUUAAGCAAUUACCAGAACUAAGCAAAAAGAUCAUGUGAAACUGUGGUUACAAAUGCUUGAUAAAGACUUUUCCUGCUUGCCUCCUGAAUAAGAAUGACUCUUUAGACUCAGGCUUGAGGCAUGGAGCACCUGCUUUCAGCUCCCUGUAGGGAGUUUUAUGAUACAAAGACAUGCUUCGACAAAUAUCAAAGGUUUUGCUUUGCCGUCAAAUGCACUGGCAGGAUCUUCCAAGCAUUGCAUUUUGCUUUUAAUGGUUGAAAGUUAAUAUUACCAAUAGUUUUAAAUAACUUAUGCUCAGUAUGAACUGAGAUGUUAAUAAAAAUAUGGUAGCUGAGCUCUAGGUUGCUGCAACCUGUGAGCUGUUGUGGCUUCACAAGCAUAAGAAAGCUAAAAUUUGGGUUAGUUUGCAUCGUUGUUAUUCUAAGGUUGGCAAUAAUGUACCUCCCGGUAAAUAUAUGAAUGUUAAGAAAGAAGCUGACUUUACACCAGCGCUCAAUUCUAACUCAUACACCUUUUCCCUAUGAGAGAUUUAAAAAAAAAUCCUCGGAUAUUUUACUACUGUAAAAUCUAGUGCUUUUAGCCCCGAGAGCCAGAUAUGCCCACUUACAAUGCAGCACACUGAGUGACAAAUGUUUGCUUGUAGCAAAGGUCGCUACCUGAUUUUCUGAAAACGUGGAUUAAAAACUUCCUAAUGUCUGCAUAUCUGCAUUACUAGCUUUUGCCUCAUUCGAUUACUUUUAUUGAAGGGCUGCAAGCCAUGAGCCCUCCCCACCUGAUACGGGAGCACUUGCCACACCACAUGAUGCUCUUUGGGCAAGGGGCUGGCAGAGCUACCACUCUGCCAACUCCCAUGCUGGAUAUGUGAAUGAGCCAGGAUUGCCUCCAUAAUUUUUGGACCUGUAUUAUCAAAAGUAGCUACUCACUUGGGGACCUUCGUUUGAAUGCUCAUGAGGACCUGCCUUUCUGAUCCCAAGCACUUACCCUCUGAAAAUCAGACCCCUUUCGUGAGUCUGCCACAGAGCAAUCCAAAACUGAAGAGCUCAUUUUUUCCAUUGUUGCUGUUGGUUUCUAAAUACCAGCCUUGGUGUGAACGAGUGCACCUUCAAAGAAGUCAGCAGGGGCCCUCAAAAAUGCUAGAGUCACUCCAUAUUUGAAGUCUCUUUGAUUCAUGGGUAUUGUUGUUGAAUAAUAGCGAUAUACUGUAUCUUCACUACAUUCUUGACAGGAAGCAAAUAAAGCUCCCAAACACAGUAAUGCACAGUCUUAUGGUACUAGAUACUGUAAAUAUAUUAGAAUAGUAUUUGUUAAGUACAAUUGAGGAAUCCAAUUAAGUUAUAUUAUUGUAUAUCGUUUAAAUGUCUAUAGAAUAUUUUAAAUUAUUGUGAACUACACUGCAUUAAAAAAGAAAAAAAGGUUAUAUAUUAUAACACCAGCCACUCUGAAAAGUGGACCAAAGUGACACUUUCUCUCUUUUUUUUACAUACCCCUAUUUCAAAUAGCUCUGUCAGCUAUUGUAAUACCACAGUAGCAGUCCUACGAUUGGAUUAGCUGUCUAGAAUAUAACGUUUCAGAGCAUCCUAUAGAAGUUUUGCUCAUGUGGGGUUGCAGCAUUCAGAAAUGUACUGAACAGUACAAAGCAGGGGCUGACCAUGGGAAUGCAUGGACUUUGAACUAUGUCCCAAGAAAAAGCAGUUUUGGUCAGAAAACACCAUUACCACUUAUGUACUGAAACAUCCCCCCAAAAUGGCAACCUUUUAAUGAAGGUGUCUAUGAACAGAAGUGGGCUACCCACAACUUUUAUUUUAAAAAAUGUAGUUUGAUGUCAAAGGACUGUGACAACAGAAGUUUGAAUGUGACCAGGAACACAAUGUGGUUUAACCAUACCUUAGCCUUGGCAAAACUCAAAAUACUGUAUGCUAUUAAAGAAUUUAAGAGCAAAGAUAAAUUUGUUUACUAUGUGAAUGUUUUAUGGCAAGCAGAAAACAAAAGAUGAAAUGUGUUUCCAUUAAAAAAUUUUCCCCCUUCUAGUUCCCUUUCUUUUUGUUUGUUACUCAUUUAGGAAAAAGAAAGAAGGCAAGAAGGCUUUAUGCAAAGGUCAUUUGUGUACAGGCUUCUCUGGGUGAGAAAUGAUGGGCAGAUUCCAACACCAAUGUUUUUGUGUUUUUUGAGAAACAGUAAUGAACAUGCCUGUGUUCGGUAUCACAGUCCAAAGUCAUCUACCUAUGCCAGUGAUACAGAGAAACUGGCACAAGCACCAGCCUUGCUGCUGCUGGAGACUUUGGUCAGCACAAAUGAGGAGACGAUAAAUGUUUUGUGAUAGAAAUGUGUCAUUUGGCUCCAAAAUGGUUCUUGAUCAUGAACCUCACAUCACAGAUUAGCAGAGAGGAAUAAGAGGCACAGAGGAGAGUCUUGAAGGCCCUGGCUUCAGCACUUGCAUAUGCUCCAGCUGAUUCAAGCAAGUUAUGGACGCAUCUGAAAACCCUACCUGAAUCUGGACCUAAAAGGUUUUACAGCAUUUAUCUUGGUCAGAAUAGUAGCAACAACCCUGAUACUGAGAAUAGUGUCUUCCUAUACGAAAUCUAAAGACAACGUAGAACAUUUUUUGUGUUUGCCCCUUGGGGAAGAUACCCAGCUAUAGAUAAAGGUAUAGCCAAAUUGCGCAAGAGCUAAGUCCAAAAUAAUUUCAUUAAAAUGAGCUGAGUUGUCCUGGGUUUAUAACAGCAUAAGUAUCACAACAUUUUACCCACAGAUGCAAAAAAAACCCACUGCACCUUUUUUCUAAUUACAUCAUGGGAAACUUGUUAAUAGAGUUGCAGGAAGUUUUUAUAGCAAACGGUAAUAUUACAUUCGUUUCUACAAUGACAUCUGGAAAGUAGAUGAAACUCAUCAAAAGUUCGCAAAUCUUUUAACAAAUCUGAAGCAUGUUGUGAGUAGGUCACUUAGUUUCAAACAUAUUUCCAUGGAUUUCUUUCUUAGUUUAACGUUAAAAGCCAAAGUGGUACUGAACGUAACGAAGACCUUCUUUUACACCAGCUUUCCCAUGUGAAUAACUUGAUAUGCCUUUCACUAUUGAAGGCACAAUUGGUGUUCAACAGAAAAUGCUUUCUAUAAAGCUAGAGAUAAUUUGCAUUCAUAGCAAUUUUCAUAACUGGACAGAAUGACUGCACGUUUCCUUUCCAAUCCUUCAGACCUUUUGUUGCAAUGACAGUUCCCACAGCGAAGGCAGUACAGUAAGUGGUACAGUAAAGACCCAACAUUCUUCUCUCCAAGUGACAGCCACAACAAGAUGUGGGAUAUACACAACUAAAACUACGUCUAAGGGGAAAAAAACACAUCAAAGUUGGAAAGGCAGGGGAAGUUGUAAGCAAUUUCAGUUUGUGAUACUGAUACUGUAAGAAACCUCCUGCACACAAAACAAACCGCGUUGUAGGCUGGACUUCACCCACAAACAUUUUUCCCCUUGAAUCCAAAGUCCCCAUCUGCAUCUCUGCACAUUCAGACUGUUUCACUGAAGCAUAAGUACACCCAAAGGCUGGCAAGUAUUUUCCUUUUGGUGCUUUUUACCUGCUACUAGGAAAUUUUAGGGGAUCAUUUUCUGACAGAGGACACACACUUGCAAAUUUUAAAUUUGUAUCUCAUCUUUUAAAUUAAGAUCUAGGGUUUUUCCCAGGCGUAGUCCUGCACUACAGGUAUAUGUGAUUUAGAAGUUUUGUUUGGUGAAGAAUAAAGAUAGCAGUUUUCACAUAAUACAUGUUUGUUGUUUGUAAUGUUUUCCACAGAAUGCUGAGGCAGAGGGAAUAAUACUGCUGUAAAUUAAAAAUCUUUACUUGUGCUCUUUUUACUGAAAGCAAUACACUAAAUAUUACCUGUUUGGAGACCCUAGGGCAAUUCUGUUUCAUAGGACGGUCCUUUUCAUAA